AUGACUCUGUUUAUAUCUUCUUCUGUAGGUGACCACCCUCAUCAGUCGGAUGUAGAGUUUAAUGAUGGAGAGUCAGAUAAAGGAUCCAGUUCUGUUGAUGCAGUGAUUGAGUCUCUCCAUGAAAAUGCACAUGCAGGUGACCACCCUCAUCAGUCAGCUGUAGAGUUUAAUGAUGGAGAGUCAGAGUCUGAUAUGGAUGAUUCUGAUGAAUCUUGGAUUGAUUCAGAUAGUGAUCCUGAUAACUCAUCGAGUAAAAGCGAUUCUGAUAACGCAUCAAGUGAAAGUGAAAACGAUGAAAACCUUCCAGAUGUUGACAAAAGUGUUCCUAAAAAGGGCAAUCAUCAAGUUCUAAAGAGUAUUGAAAAUAUGAAUUCUCCUCAAAAAAGAAAAAAAACAAGUCUUGAAAAUAUGAAUUCUCCUCUAAAAAGAAAAAAAACUCUGUCACGUGAAGAAUGUGACUUCGACAUAGAGUAUCCGAACAUUUUUAUCAAAAAGUUCCAAAAAGGAAAUAAUGAAAGAUCAAAAACCGGAAGAACAUACGACCUUGUUCAUUCAUGUAUGUUUUGUCAUGACCUUUAUUCAAACAUCCAAACUCACAUUGAGAAUAAACAUGCCAACAAAAAAGAGGUACAAGAAAUUAAAACCAUGAAACAGAAAAAAGAGUUCUGCAACACAGAAGAGAAAACUGACCUUAUAAAGGAAAUCAAUAGAAAAGUUACCCUGAUUCGCAAUAAGGGAGACAAUAUCCACAAUAUGUCUGUUCUUCAAAAAGGUGAGGGCGAAAUACUACUUUCAAGAAGAACCCAGAAUAAAUUCAGUCUGAAACAAUAUGGGCCUUGUCCGGAAUGUUUUGAAUGGAUUCAGCUUGAGAAAUCAGUUGCAACUCAUAGGACCUCUUGUCCAGCGUUUAAGACAGGUUCAUAUUUCCAGAGCAAAGGGUCUGUUAUCAUUCAGGCUAAAGUUAUGGCAGGAAAAAUCAUUCCAGAAAGUUCAAAAAUUCUUCAAAAAGAAGUUCUUCCAGCGAUGAGAAGAGACAGCAUUACAGACUGUGUUUUGGAGGACCACAUUAUUCUGAUGCUUGGAGAUAUAUGGCUCAGUAAAAACAUAGAUAAUAAAAGAAAACGAAAACAUUAUGCGAGUUACCACAUGCGACUUGCUGGACGCCUCCUUCUCCUUGUUCGAGAAACAACAAACCUAUCUCUUAGUAUGUCGGAUUUUCUGGUACCAAAAUAUUUUGAUGUUUUUGUGUCUUGUGCACUUAAGGCUUGUGAUGGUGUUGACAAGGAGGAAUCUGAUGAAUAUGACUUGGACCACCCAAGCACGGCUUUAAAAAUUGGGUUUGACCUUUGUCGUUUAGCGUCUGUGAAACUUGGAAACAGUAUAAAAUCUGGAGAGGAACAAGGGCGUUUAGAUGCUUCAAACUUUCUAAACCUGAUGAAGUUAGAAUGGACUGUUAAAGUAACAAAAAUUGCAAAAUCAACCCUGAAUGAGCGUCAUUUUAAUGCUCAAAAGAGUCUACCAGAUCCUGAAGACAUUGCAAAAUUAGCAAAGCACAUCACAAAUGAACUUACCAAUUUUGAUGUGGAAAAUAUGACUCCAGAUAAUUAUAGAAAAGGAGUUAUACUCUCCCAAAGUCGACUUCUAUUGUACAACCGUCGAAGACCUGGGGAACUUGAGGCUUUAAGUUUGAAAUGCUACGAAAACAGAUCAAAAGAAAUGUCUGCUGUGGACAAAUCUUUACGCCUGGAUUUGACGGAUUUAGAAAAACAAAUGUUGGACACCCAGCAUGUUAUUGAAGUUCGCGGAAAGACUGGAAAACGAGUGCCAGUUAUUUGCCCUAAAGAAGUCCUGCCAAUAUUACAAUAUUUGGCCAAUCCAACUGCCAGAAGAAAGGGUGGAGUUAAACCAGGAAAUCCUUACUUGUUUGCAAAUACUGGUAAGCGACAUUAAAACAUACAUGUUGCAAUACAAAGAACUACCCAUGUAUAUGGCCCUAUUUUAUUAAGAGUUAAAUAUUGUCAAUGCAUGUAAUCAUGCAUUACCAAUAGUAAAAAAUUGUUUGAUACAGCUAUUAAAAUGUUGUUAUCAUUGCUCAGUGCUGGAGAUAUUGACAGGCAAUUGGCACAAUGAAAUCUUUUCAAACAUUUAUGACCAUUUGUAUCAAGGUGGUAGUUUUUCUUUAAAAUUGACUAUAAAUAAGUGAAGAUGCAACAGCAGUGGGCAGUGCUUAUUCUACAGCAAAACUACGUGUAACCAAUCUAAGGUUCUUCCAGUGAAUAAAAUCCACAGAGCUAAGAAGUUGGACAAAUAAUUUGAUAAUAAUAUGUUUAAUUUGACAUAUUGUGAUGUACUGCCAUAAAAAUUACAGGUCAUGAAUUCUGGAGGACCCUUAAAUAUUGAUGCAAAACAUUGCAUCAAAUUU